AUGGACGAUUCCAUAAAAUUGGGGCAACAGGAGCUGCAACAGAGUGCAGACGUCAUAGAAAAGCCAAUAGCCAUCAAGGUGUCACGGCCGGCUCUGCUGGAUACCAAACAGGAAGUUUUGCGCUCGAACCCGUCCCUCUUCGUCACGUGUGUCUCCACGCUUCUGACAGCGCUGCUGCUGAGUUUGUGUUUCUUGAUUAUUGGAAUUCCACCCCUGUACAUCGAAACUUCUCGGGGUAGGCGCAUCUAUGUGAGUGUAAUGGUUCCUCUGCUAACGGUGGUCGGCACAGUGCUGAGCUAUUAUUCCAUGCAACACCCGCAGCUCGCGUUCAACUCAGCGCUGGCCCAGGUAGUCAAGGAAAUCGAGCAGCACGCAACGUACUUGAGCACCGCAGUGGGCAAUGUGGAAAUGGAGUUGGAGGCACGAGGACUCAGCCUGAACUCGGCUUCCACGGGCGAAUCUGCCAGCACGCGCAGCCUGCCGUGGACCCAUAAAAAUCAAGGGCUGGAGUGCUUCCCCAGCGCUGUUGCACCCGGCGGCGCAACAUCAACCUUGCCUACCACAGUACCCAUCGUUGGCGGCGCCGGCAUUCUCAAAGGCAUCGACAGGCUCGAAGAGGAGCGGGACCUAAUCAUAGCCACCGUUCACGUAGGCAAGGAGUGGCGUUGGCUAAUGAGCCUUUUAGGGACACUGAACCUGCGAUGCUUAGCCGGGACAACGAACCCCGUUAUGCACCACCAACGCAUCUUCGUGCACGCCAUGGCGAUUAGCCUUGCGCGUGUGGAGAAGGCGAUCUUAUCGUUGUACUUCUCCUCUUUCGUGCUGCGCACAGUCAAUGCGACGGCGCCGAUAAACCUGCGGGGUCGUGCCGCCUCCACCGCCGUUGCCGGUAGCGGCCCGGGCUUCGGCAACAGCGCAGGGGUGAACGGGGGAUCUUGGCGCACACGCACUGAGGGGUCCAUGUUUCAGCCGUUGGUGCCAGUCAUAGCGACAAGGAAGCUGCAUUCCUCGAACACGCCUGGCAACGAGCCGGGCGAUUCGCUGACGGGCAGCGCCUUCUUGAUUCCCCAGGAGACACCGAACGAGAGCAAAAACCCUGCGGAGGCUGGCGACGGCGGUGAGGAAAUGACCUCGCAGCUCACCUCGUUUAAUGUGAAGGGGUCCACCUUUCUGAAGGUGAAACUACCGGAGUUUCCGACGCUGCUCAGUGGGGGCACAGCUGGCAGAGGAUCCAAAAAAACGCAGGCCCAUGCGCAAGAGGGGCCGCCUGCAGCCACCGCGGCACCCGCUGCCUCUACCCCGGUAGAGCGUGCCUUGGAUAUGCAGCCCGACGCCCAGUGGACGAGUGAAAAGAGGACCAACACAAAUACAAAGAGGCCGCACCACAGCUCCCUCAGCGAGCACCGCAUGAGCUCCUGUGCCGACACGAACAAGGACAACGAUGCGGGUGGCCACAGCAGAGUUGAUGUCGAGGACGUAUCCUUGGCGGCAGGCAGUUGGCGGUGCGGGUCGGCCAUCAGCACCACAUCAUGCGCGCACUCCGUGAUACAGUGCGCUCCAAGUCGCUCCAUCGCCGCGGCGGGAACGGCGUCAGUAGACGGUAACAAGGAAGAAGCGAGGGUCAUCUUCUCGCCUCGCUCGGGCAUCUCGACUGCGCAGCCGCAGUCGGAGCUGGAGCCGGCGAGAGGGAAGGGCAAUAGCGACAGUAUGGCAGGAAAUCACACAACUGCAUCUCCACCUGAGGGAACCGGCACCAGGGCUUUGCUGAUGUCGCCCUCGCCGUUAAAGCCGCACCUGGCGUGUCCCACGCGUCUCCAGCAGCCCGGCACCGCCGCCGUCGCCUCUCCCUCUCUCACGCUUCACCGUGGGGCACGUUUUAUCGGGGACGAGAACAGCGUCUUCGCCACGGUGCUGAUACACGUGCAGAAGGGGAAUUCGAUCAGCUAUUCUCGUCUCUACGGUGCACUGGCACGAUCCAGCUAUGACACUUCAGCGGGCAGGCACUACUUCACGAACGGGGCCGACUCCUCGCUUACGCCCUCCUGCGCCUUCAGCCCCCUUACCGUCUUCUACGUCCCUGGCCACACAAGCCAGCGCGAGGGGUUGACGAUUUUGGAGAAGAAGUUGCUACAGUUUGUAUACUGUUGCCCCGAGAAGCGGGCGGAGACAAACUCUGUGGGCUCCCCUUUCCCGGCAGACUUAUCCUCGCUCGCCUUUCGCGGCGCUGGAGGCGGCAACGGAGACAACACGGCAGCACCUGUGGUGGCGAUUCAGGCGGACACCUGUACCAGCAACGUUGCGCGCGAGACACCAAGUUCCCUCGGUAGCACCCCCCACCGCACUCCCAUCUCUGCAGAGCAGCAUGUGGACUCAUUCAUUGUCGCCAUGCAACUCCUCGAAGACCGUCCCAUGCGCCUCGCCUUUCUGCCUGUGGUGAUUGAACCAGAGCCACCCAGGGGCACGUCGGUGACGUACAGCGACCGCAACCUGCAGUCCUUGACAGCGAUGUGUCGCACGGACUUGGCGAGCUGCAGCAAGGAGUUGUACCCGGGCAGCGGCAGUGGCACUAGCGGCACACCCACCGCGUCGGCGGAGACGAUCCCCUCGCGCGGCCGCCACAAAAGAGGCAGCAACGAAGACGGCACCACAAGCUCUGCGUCCGAGGCGCCCCUUCCAGCACCUUCGCCCACGACGGUGCCAGUGCUGGAGUGCGUCAUUGACGGCGUGCUCUGCGUCUUGACCGAGAUAGAGAUCACCGUGGAUGCCUCCUUCCAACGACCAUCCAAGGUGCUUCUUAUCGGUGUGUCGCUCGAGGACGUAUCCGAAGAGCCCUCCGAGCGCGGCGAGAUCGACUUGGACGUAAACGAGGAAGUGCGUCACGACUUCCUGGAAGGCAGUACCGGAAGUGGAAGUUUCGAGGGCGCCAGUGGAACCAAACUGCUGGCCGAGCGUGGCAGCUCGCCGCAGCGGCGGGAAACACAUAAGGCAGAAAUGAUCCUUCAAAGCACCCGCAGUUUCCUUGCUACACCGGAGAAGCACACCAUCCAGCGCCACGUGGCGUCCAGAUCAAGGCGAUCUCUGACUCGGCACGAAAAGGGCGAAGGGUGCACCCUCGGACAGGAAUUUCGUGAGCUGAUCUGCCUUGAGUGA